UUUUCUUACCUGAACUGUCCUCUAUACAGCUAAAAGGAUUCUCAGCUUCGAAUAUCGCGACCCCACGCUUACUUGUGCGGCAUAUGGAAGUGUACAGGGAAAAUCUUCAUUACGAUUGGCUUAUUUCAGAUAAGCCGCAAAAAGUGGUGCCACUCUCUACUACCGUUGAUUAGGAAUAGGCUGCUCGCAGGUUAGCCAACGUCUAAUGGAAUUUAAAGAAAAAUAUCCUCUUGCAUUAUCAUUAAAGUGACAUGCGGUAUUUAUAUUAAUCGUUCUUAUGAGUUUAUGCGAAUGUAGUCGCUUGUAUUGUUCUAGCGUCAGAUAUUUAUGUUUGUAAUCGAUGAAAGGUGAAACCUAAGAAUUAUGUGCCACUUAUGAAUAAAUAACAACGCAAUGGAAACCUUUGAUUGGUCUAUAUUUUAUUAUAUUUUCGAUAAUAAAAAAUAUAUCGAUAAUAUCGAUAUCAAAUUCGAUAUCUCGUUAGAGUCAUCAAAGUUUGACCACUGGUAAUUACUGCCGGAACACAAACAAUAAUUAAACCUUUAAAUAACGGUAUAGUUCUGCUUUAUUCACAAAUAUUUGUAUUAAUUUUUUGCUGCUCCUGAUUCGUAUAUUAUUUAUAUCAUGGAUAGUAAAUAUUCUGACGCUGUAUAUACAUGGUUUGAAAGAUGUGGUAUUAUAUCAAAUAUAAGAACACAUCUUCGUAAAAAUUUAGUAAAUGCUUUAAAGUACAAAGAUUUAUCUUUAAAGGAUUACUGUAGUAAACCGAAACCAGCGAAACAAUAUGUUUUUGACUUUCUUGUAGCAGAGUAUUUAUUUAAUGUUAAUUAUGCUUAUACUUUAUCAGUAUUUGCUAGCGAAGCUCCACUUUUAAUACAGUUCGAUAAUCAAAUACCUGAUAGUUACGAUGAUAAAAAACAACAUAGUAGACAAAAAUUACAAAAGGAUUAUAUAUAUCAUACAUUAGAGACUUUAGGAAUUAGACCAAGUGAUCCUGAAGGACAGUAUAUUAUGUCAGAAUAUAUAAAUAAUGAUGCACCAUUACUUUUAUGUAUAUUAAAAUGUAUAUCAUUUUGUUCAUUGGAUUUAAACAAAAUUCAAAGUUUUAAAAAAGCUACGUCAAUGAGUACAAAAGAAACGCAAACAGAUACUUUUUUCCAACCAAGUACGGACAUAGAAAGAUUAAGGUCUAUAAAAAAGAAAAUAUUUAGGCAAAAACAAAUUUUUGAUGCUCAAUUAAAAGAAAAAGAACUUGGAUUAAAAAAUCGUGCUGUUAUUAUUGAAGAGCAACUUAUUUCUUUGAAUGGAAAACUAGAAAAAGCACAGGAACUAAUGUAUAUGGUUACUUUAAAAGAACAACAAUUAAAAGAAAAAAAACAGAAAGAAGAGCAAGAUUUGUUUCAAAAAGAAAUUGAAUUAUCUUUUAAACAUAAUGCAUUAUUAUUAGAAAAUGAAAGAUUUAAAAAAAAACAAGAUAUGUAUAAAAAUUAUGAACGUGACUUGGAAAAAUUGCAAGAAGAACUUGCUAUAACAAAGAAAGGCUUUUCUUCCAAUUAUGAGUUAAGGGAUACAGGAAUACAAACAAGUUCUAAUAAUGAUUUGGGUGAUAAAAAUAAAGAUGUACAAUUUAAUGAAGAGAAGAAAGAAUUAGUUAAACUUUUACAUGGUCAGCAAUUAAAGAUAGAUGAAUUAACGCAGUAUGCGAUUCAUCUAUCCCGUAGAUUAGAAGAAAUUCAUCAGUCAAGAUCUACAUUAAUCGAAGAUACUGUAAUACCAAAAAAAACUGUAUAUACUAAUACUAUCGUCAGUGAAAGCAGUUCCACUGAGGAUAUUUUGCAAGACGCUAAAUUACGUCUGAAACGUUUAGAAGAAGAAAGUAUAAAAGCUGAUAGGUUUUACUAUAAUUGUAUUGCUACUUAAUUAUAAUAUAUAUUAUACACAUUUUAGAUUGUAUGUCCAAAAGUGUCAAUGAUAAUUUAUUUUGUACAGAUAGUUGAUUACACCAACACAAUAUUAUACAUUUAUUAGGUUAUAUCAUUUAUAUAUAUAU